ACGAAUUAUUAGUUGUUUGGUACUGGUCAACCGCAACCUUUUUAUAUUGGCUGCGGCAGAUUCCAGUAUUUCGGCCUCCGUUCGACUCGUGACUCACUGGCUCAUUCAUCAUCAUCAUCGUCAAUCUUCUCAUCACUUUCUCUCUCUCUUUCUAACAUAAUUAGGUUUUACUCAGGUGAGCAGUAAUGGUCUUCUUCCGGAGCGUUUCGCUGCUAUCGAAGCUGCGGUCUCGUGCUGUUCGACAGCCUAAUCUGAGCAAUUCAGUUCGCUGGCUUCAAAUUCAGACCUCUUCUCCUGAUCUGGAUCUUCGCUCUCAGCUAAAGGACCUGAUUCCAGAACAACAGGAUCGGCUGAAAAAACUCAAGUCAGAACAUGGAAAAGUUCAACUGGGAAAUAUUACAGUUGAUAUGGUACUCGGUGGCAUGAGAGGAAUGACAGGAUUACUUUGGGAAACUUCAUUGCUAGACCCUGAUGAGGGUAUCCGCUUUCGAGGUUUAUCUAUUCCUGAAUGUCAGAAAUUGUUACCAUCAGCAAAGCCUAGUGGAGAGCCAAUGCCUGAGGGUCUUCUCUGGCUUCUAUUGACAGGAAAAGUUCCAACAAAAGAACAAGCUGAUUCAUUAUCUCAGGAACUAAGAAGUCGUGCAACUAUUCCAGAUCAUGUAUAUAAGACAAUUGAAGCCUUGCCCAUUGCUGCUCAUCCAAUGACUCAAUUUGCAACUGGGGUCAUGGCUCUUCAGGUACAAAGUGAAUUCCAGAAAGCAUAUGAAAAGGGAAUACACAAAUCAAAAUUCUGGGAGCCGACAUAUGAGGACUCUCUUAAUUUGAUUGCUCAGCUUCCAACUGUUGCUUCUUAUGUCUACCGCAGAAUAUACAAGAAUGGGCAAACUAUACCGAUGGAUGACUCCCUAGAUUAUGGUGGGAAUUUUGCACACAUGCUUGGUUUUGAUAACCCUGAAAUGAAAGAGCUUAUGAGGCUUUAUGUCACCAUCCAUACUGACCAUGAAGGUGGAAACGUUAGCGCUCACACUGGUCACCUGGUUGCUAGUGCCCUUUCAGAUCCUUAUCUGUCAUUUGCUGCUGCAUUGAAUGGUUUAGCUGGACCACUCCAUGGGUUGGCGAAUCAGGAAGUUUUGCUGUGGAUUAAAUCUGUUGUUGAAGAAUGUGGGGAGAACAUCACCAAAGAACAUUUGAAAGACUAUGUUUGGAAGACACUGAACAGUGGCAAGGUUGUUCCCGGAUUUGGACAUGGAGUUUUGCGCAAAACAGAUCCAAGAUACACAUGCCAGAGAGAGUUUGCAUUGAAGCACUUGCCUAAUGAUCCGCUAUUCCAAUUGGUGUCGAAGCUUUAUGAAGUUGUACCUCCAAUUCUGUUAGAACUUGGCAAGGUCAAAAAUCCUUGGCCUAAUGUUGAUGCCCACAGUGGUGUGUUGCUGAACCAUUACGGUUUAACUGAAGCAAGGUAUUAUACGGUUCUCUUUGGUGUGUCAAGGGCUAUUGGCAUUUGCUCUCAGCUAAUAUGGGACCGAGCCCUUGGAUUGCCACUUGAGAGGCCGAAAAGUGUUACAAUGGAGUGGCUUGAGAAUUACUGCAAGAAAGCUGCGGCUUAAUUUAGAAAAUUACCAUUUGCUCGAGAAAGGCCGAGUCUCCGUGGUUGUGGUUCCUGCCAGAUUGUUAAUUCGAUUGGGAACAUUUGUAACAAAUUUUGCAUUGUCGAUAUAAUUCCUUUGCUUUAGUAGAGACCAGAUAGCCAUUAGGUGUCUGUUUCCCUUCCCAGUUUCAUGUUCACGCCAUCGAUUAUUCAUGUGAAAGGAUUGCUACAUCGUUCAAUAAAUAUAUCUGUUAAAAGAGUUUUUGCAUCGUGAAUGCUGGUAA